AAUUAAGGCAGAGGGAAGAAAAUAAAUAAGUAAAUCAAAGCAGAACGAAAUAAAACAGACAGACAGACAGACAGACCACGCUACUCAAACAGACAGACAGACAGACAGACGCAGCAGACGACACGAUCAGCUGUGCCUGUCAAAACAAACAUGGCCGGCGAGGUGGACCCUUCCUGCAACCCCGUGGAGUUGAUGGGCCAGGAUGCGUGCAAUCCGAGUGGCAUGUACGGGGUGGAGCGGGAGACGGAAGGCGGCGAGGAGGAGGCGGGCAGCAUCCACAACUCAGAGCCCACAGCACGCAGCACGGCAGACUCUGACUUCUCCACAUUUGAUAUUGUUAAGGCCACACAGUACGGGGCGUUUGAGAGGUGCAAGGAGCUGAUAGAGGGCGGGUACGACAUCAACAAGAGGGACGGGGAGAAUGUGACCCUCCUACACUGGGCCGCCAUCAACAACAGGAGAGAGAUUGUGAGGUAUUACAUCUCUAAGGGAGCUGUGGUGGAUGCCGUGGGUGGAGAGCUGAUGUCCACACCUAUGCACUGGGCCACAAGACAAGGACACCUGGGCAUGGUAGUGUUGUUGAUGAAGCACGGCGCAGACUCAGCCAUGCGUGAUGGUGAGGGGUGCUCCUGUAUCCACCUGGCAGCACAGUUUGGCCACACAGCCAUCGUGGCAUACCUGGUGGCCCGCGGCGCGAACGUGAACCUGAUGGACAAGAACGGAAUGACCCCCUUGAUGUGGAGUGCUUAUAGAGUCACUAGUCUGGACCCAACACGACUACUGCUGACGUUCGGGGCCAGCACCUCCAUGGCAGACCGGCUUCAUGGCAACACGGCACUGCACUGGGCUGUCAUCGCCAAGAACCACAUGGCUGUCAGUGUAUUGGUCAACCACGGCGCCAAUGUGGAUAUUGCCAACGCCAGGGGGGAGUCAGCCUACAGCCUCAUCAUGAAGAGGAAAACACAGUGGUUGGACAAGAAGGUGCUGGAGAAAAUACAGGAGAUGCAGAAAUCCUCGCGCAAUAUUUGUUACCGAAUUUCCAACGACAAGACACUGAGGUACUGGACCAUGAUGGGGACUCCCUUCCUGGUGUUCUAUGCCGUGGGUCUAGUCCUGCAGCUGAACCUUCUGUAUGUGCUCAAGAUCGGCAUCUUCACAGCACUCUACAUCAUCAUCUAUGGCGUGUCGCGCAUCCUCUUUGACGAGCGGCUUAUGACUGUCAUGCCCAUGGCUGUCUACCUAGCCACCAAGUUCUGGUGCUACGUGACGUGGGUUCUGUACAUCCAUGAAUACGCUGGGCCAAGCACCACAGGUCUCUUCUUCCUCUCCUCACUGCUGCUGUGGUACAACUUUGUGAGGGCGUGGCGCGGUGAUCCAGGAGUCAUCACCGCGGACCAGGCCCAGAAGUACCAGACGAUCAUUGAGCUGGCAGAGAGGGACGGCUUUGACCCCCAGUGGUUCUGCUCGACCUGCCUGGUGCGCCGGCCAAUCAGAUCAAAGCAUUGUUCAGUGUGUAAUAGAUGUAUUGCUAAAUUUGACCAUCACUGCCCCUGGGUUGGAAACUGCAUAGGCGCCAACAACCUCAAGUAUUUCAUUGGCUACCUGAUCAUGCUGUGUGGAAUGAGCUGCUUCAUGGUACAGGGCUGCUUCUACUUCUGGAACGGUGCCUGCAGUGUCUUUUUCCUUAAACAAGGUAUCUGGUCAAGUCUCGGGGCAGUGUGUACAUGUGAGCCUUGGGUGGCCUGGGUGGCUGCCAAUGCUGUGCUUCAUGCUGCCUGGGUUGCCACACUGCUUGGAUGUCAGCUGUACCAGGUUUUGAUCCUGGGCAUGACCACUAACGAGCGCAUGAACUGCUACAGAUAUAAGCAUUUCCAGGUCGGGAAGAAGGGUGAGGUUCGGUCACCGUUCCACCGCGGCGUGUGGCGUAACCUUCAGGACCUUCUCGAUUGGACGUGCUUUGGCCUUCUCAAGCCCGACAGAACCGACUGGCUGAGGGUUUACACUUUGGCUGAAUCCGCAGAAGACAAACAGCCUCUCCUCUCGCAGUCCGACAUGUACCAGUAUGUCUAAACCCUUGCCAGGACCUUUGUUACCAUUACUGCUACCAAUGCUAUCUCUCAGUCACAGGAAGGUGAUUUGUGUCCUCGCGUUCCCUGUGUCCUUGGCGAUCAAGAGUGUGUUUGUUGGGUCUUCUUGUGUGUUGAAGUGUCCAGGGAGUCUUGGUUGAGUUGCUAAAGUGUGUUUUGUGUUGAAGAUGUGUUUGUGGGGUUAUUUAUUUAUUUUUAUGUGAGUUUUAUGCUCUUGAGAUGCUGUGAGUAUAUUAUGGGAGUCUGGAAAGUUAGUGAUGUUUUUAGGGGUAUUUGAAUAACUUCUCUGGCCCUAAGUCUCUCUAAGGGUACAGUGACAGUUGUGUAAAUAAUGCAUUUUAUAUUACAGCUGUUUUUUUAGGGUACUUCAGUCACUCCAUGGCCCAAAAUUUGCCCUAAAGAUAUGGUGAAAGUUGUUUUACGAAGUGUAACUUGUGUUUGUGGUGUUUUUAAGGGUAUUUCCAUCACUUUAUGACCCCAAAAAUGGUGAAAGUUGUUUUGAGAAGUGUAUUUUGUGUUAGAGGUGUUUUUAGGGGUAUAUAAAUAACUUAUAUGACCCAAAAUUGUGCUAACAAUAUGAGAAAAGUUAUUUGAAAAGUCAUCUUCUAUUCAAUUUUUUUUUUAGGGGUGCUUAAAUAACUUACAUGCCCCCAAAUAUUGCCCUACAUAUAUAAUGGAAGUUAAGUAUUGCAUCUUAUAUUAGCUAUGCCAUGACAAUUCAAAUAUCUGAGGUCUAAAAGCACAUGUUUUAUUAAUAGAUAUUUCUAAGGCAAUUUCAACCACUAUACCCCCAAAAAUGACCCACGAGACGCACUAGAUAUGGUGAUAAAAAACAUCUUGAAUCUGGCAACCCCCACACACUUCCAGCUUUGCCAAGUGACUCCUUUGUCCGUCAAGCAUUUAUUUAUUUCCCGGCUGAGGUGGAUGGACACUCGUAUUAUGGAACGCUAGGGUGCUGUUUUUACUACCAUGCGUUUGUGUUGUGGCAUUUGGUUUGGUCGGCGUUUGGGCGCGUUUUGUGUUGUGUUUGGCUGUUCAGGGUUGGACCGUGACUGAGAGAAGGUGAUUUAUUUGCCGUUUGUCUGUUAGUGUUUUGCGUCUGUGCAUCUGUGUGUGUGUGUGUGUGUGUGUGUGUGUGUGUGUGUGUGUGUGUGUGUGUGUGUGUGUGUGUGUGUGUGUGUGUGUAUCAGCAUUUUUAUUUAUUUUUUUAAGGUAGCUAUGAUAUUUUGUAGGAGCACACUAUCAUUCAUUUUUUUUUUUUUCGUUAUUGCUUUUUUUUUUUUUUCUUUUACAUCUUCAUUCACCAAGUUUCAUGUGGGUAUUAGGUUAGCCAAAGAUUCUUUCUCUUCUUCUUGUUUCCUCUUUCCUUUUUUUCUGUUCUUAUAUAUAAUAUAUUUUUACCUUCUAUUCCCUCCUUCCUUCUUUUCAUAUUGUCAUUAUUGCAUUUCAAUAAAAUUUCAUUUUAUAUUUUCAUUCCAGCAAAUUUCAACAUUCAGAGUUUUUUUUCCUUCAGUCUAUUAUUACUAUCAUUUCACUAAAUCUGUUCCUCUUUCUCCUUUUCCUCCUCCUCAUUGCACAUACGCCCCCAGCCUCACUGUACAUAGGUAGAAGAAGUCUUUAAUAUAUCUAAGUUACUUGUAAACAUUCCCAGAUGGUGCAGCCAAUGAUAAAACAGAAAAAAAAACAGCAUAGACCUAAGGAGACAGUGGCUGCUACUGAGAGGAUGUGUGUAGCCGUGUGUGUGACAGCUGGACACUUGACAGACACAAACAUGGACACUGUGACUAAUAGGAAGGUGAAGGAGAUGUGGAUUGAGGGAUAAGUAUUGUUGCUGUCUAGUUUUGCAGUUAAAUCAUCUUGUUAUCCACAGGGGUCAGAUAACUAUUAGUGCUCCAUCUUAAGAACACCCAUGAGCUCCCAAAACCCUGAUGAAGUUAAGAAAACUGAUGUACUUUGUUGCAAAUGUUUUAUUUAUUGAUUAACUGAAAGAAAAUAAAGAAAAAUAGUGAUGAGCACAGGUAGGUUGCCUAGCAAAACCAUGUAUAUGAUUGCAAACAUUUUUAUUCAUCAAUUAACUAAAGAAAAUAAAGAAAAAUAGUAAUGAGUACUGGUAGGCUGCCUCUCAUCGCCUCCUGAAUUAGUGGUCGGCAGUUGUCCAUGGAAACUUAAGCUUUGGAUAACAAGAGAUGACUGUACUUCAGAGGCAUGUGAGGGAAAAAAAAGAAAGAAAA